CCUGUGAAGUCAGAGGGAGGCGCGGAGGGAGAUCAGGAAUCCAAGAGGGGCCAGGUGUCGCUGUCGCCCUGAAGGCGGAGGAGAGGCAAAAUGGUUUACAUCUCGAAUGGACAAGUGUUGGACAGCAGGAGUCAGUCCCCAUGGAGAUUAUCUUUUAUAACAGAUUUCUUCUGGGGAAUAGCUGAGUUCGUGGUUUUGUUUUUCAGAACUCUGCUUCAACAAGAUGUGAAAAAGAGAAGAGGCUACGGAAGCUCAUCUGAUUCCAGAUAUGAUGACGGAAGAGGGCCACCAGGAAACCCCCCCAGAAGAAGAAUGGGUCGAAUUAAUCAUCUGCAGGGCCCUAAUCCUCCUCCAAUGGCCGGUGGAUGA